GACAUGGCUGGUGAUUCGCUGAUCCGAGUCACGUGACAGCUCAUAUUCGUAAGCUUUCAAGGCUCUUCAUAAAACCCUGCAGUUCCGAGAGAUUCAAAUUCCCAUUGAGAAGGGAGAAAGAACCGCGAAAUGGAUGAUGACCUCUUGCCACUUUUAGGCAUAGGGGUAGUGCAAGAAGACGACGAUGAGGAAGAUUCAUCCAGUGGUAGUGAGGAAAGUGAAUCCCCAGAGAACGCAGCGUCUGCAGAAGUUGAUGAAUGCCAGAUAAUUCGACAAGAUUCCAUCACAUUCGACCAGUCUCUUCCCCUCUCACAUUCCUAUCUAGGUGAUGAUUUGGAGGAUGUUAGAGGCCGCACUUUCCACGAGGAGGGGGCCACCAUUUCCCUCCCAGUCAUACAGCUGCCUGGAAUGGUGCUGGUACCUGGUCAGACCAUUCCCUUACACCUGUUUCACCAGCACACAGUGGCCAUGCUGAAAGGGGUUAUGGACAAGGACAACACAUUUGGAAUUGUUGCUUAUAGGUAUUCUGAGGAGGACGGUGGCCACAUCAUUGCAACUAUUGGAACCACAGCUGAAAUAUUCUCUGUCAAAGAUGAAACGGACGAAAGAACGGGACUGGCCUCCAUCAGAGUCAAGGCCAAAGGUCGUCAGCGUUUCAAGGUCAUAGAAUCCAGAAGGACAGCAACAGGGAUUUUGAUGUGUUCAGUUAAGAUCCUAAAGGAAGCAAUUUUGGGCGACAUAUUGAGUGACGUGAGGCCGGGCUCCCACUGCAAGUUCUGUUGCGACCCACCCGAGCGGGGCACUGCCAACAAGACAGCUGUAGACAGACAGGGCAACAUACUGACCAGUGUAACCAUGUCCACUUCUCCACAGAUUAACCGUUUUUCUGCGGCUUAUUUGACAUGGUGGCCUCCAUGGGUGUACAAGAUGUAUGACCCUGAAAUGGUAGUACAAAAUGUGAAGAAAGAAUUGUACCGAUGGAAUUCAUCCUAUGUACCUGAGAGGUUGCCGAGUCACCCUGUGGAGCUGUCUUACUGGGUGAUACAAAAUCUGCCAUUGGACGAUGACCUGCGCCUUAAUCUGAUGGGAAUAGACAGUGCAGUGCAGAGACUUAGAUGUUCACUCAGUAUUGUACAGAAGUGUUCUUCUUUAUGCUGUAAGGAAUGCAACACAAACAUUGCCAACAAGAACGAUGUGUUCAGCCUGUCCGUGGAGGGACCCCUGGGGGCCUACGUUAACCCCCAAGGUUACGUCCACGAGACAAUGACCGUGUACAAGGCCCAGAACCUGAAUCUCAUUGGCAGAGCCACCAAAGAACACAGCUGGUUUCCUGGUUAUGCUUGGACAAUUGCCCAGUGUAGAAGGUGUGCAUUCCAUAUUGGGUGGAAGUUCACUGCCACACGCAAAGACCUGACCCCUCCGAAAUUCUUCGGCCUAACAAGAGCAUCGGUCAUGCCUGGACUGCACCAAACAGAGGAGAACGAGGGCUGGGUACCAGUUAUGUGAUGUCACUUUCUGUGUAUGGCUUAAGAAUGAAGGAGAUAUGUAGGAAAAUUAUGGCAAUAACUAACCAUGAAUUCCAUUUUCUUUUAUGUGCCAACCAUUUAUUGCAUGUGGUAAAAAUAAGAUAAAAUGUGAAUGUGAUAAGUAUAUGUUAAGUUUCUGUUAUGCACGUUUUAUUUAAAGAGUAUGUUUUGCAUUUGUAUGAGUCUGAGAGACUGGAGUGUGAUUUGCAUUACACUUAAUGCAAAUUGAACAAGAUUUUAAAAAAAUAUUUUCCAAGGUGCAUGCAACUUGGAAAAUGAGGUGAUACUGUGUACUUUUAAAAAGUAUAUUUGAAGACUAUUUUAAUGUUACAAACCUUUAAAUUGGUGUGAAAUGAUCUGCUUGUAAAUGAACCAAAAGCAAAUUGUCUUGGUCAAUAUUUCUCUUUGCUCCAUAUUCAUUUAUUGGCAUUUCUAAAAGUGUAAAUGUAAAUGAUGCUCUUUUCACACAUAAUUUUUCUGAUAUUUAAGAUACAUUGCUUUUGGUUGAUGAAACAUUUAAUACAUUAGAAAAAUGGUUACAUUAAUUUCCUAUGCUGGGCUAAGCAGUGAAUUAUUUGUUAAAUCUUGUCUAAAUUGUCGUUUCUCUGUACAGGAUAUGUGGUUAAGCAUUUAUUAUGUAAAACAGCUACAAUAACUGGGCUAUUUGCUACGAAACAGUAGUUUUGAAGACUCUUAAAAGGCAGAGUAUGGAGAACCAUGUGUGCUAUUAUGAAGACAGUUUUUGCAGAUUUUAAUCCUAUUUUGAUAUAUUUCACACAUCAUUUAGUUCAUUCAUUAUCAUCUGCAUCAAACAUUGUAAAACAUUAUCAACACUCAUCGUUACAUAAUCAUUCAUUUAUUUUGAUACAGACUUAUAUAAUAAAAGUGAAAAAGAAAAACCCAAAAAUCAGCCAAAUCGUAUUCAUGCACAUUUUACAAUGUACAUGUAUAUAUGAGAACAUUAUUAACCUUUCUGGCUUUGAAUAAAGACUUCUGUUCGUUGAGA